UCCACCCACCUUCUCCUUGAUUCAAUAAUAGUCAAGGAACCAGUUCCUCUCUCUCUCUCUCUCUCUCUCUCAAAAAUGUUGGGAAAGAAGAUUGGUUCUGUGAAAAAACUAGCCAAGAAAGUGAAAGUUACAAGUGCAGUUGAACGCGAGACAUCACAAUACGAAUGUUUGUUAAGGGAAUGCGAUGAAGAGUCCUUGCCUUCUGCCACUGCCACUGUCACCGCCACAACUCCAACGGGGUUUUUGGCAAUCUACGUGGGAGAGGGAGACGAGAGACAGCGAUUUGUGGUGCCAACAGGGUACCUAUCUCACCCUCUGUUCAAGAUGUUGUUAGAGAAGUCUUCCAAUGAGUAUGGUUUUGAGCAGAGGAAUGGGCUUGUUGUUCCAUGCACUGUCACUGCUUUCCAAGAGGUGUUAAGUGCUAUUGAAUACGGCCAGAGCAAGUUUGAUUUUGGAGAAUUGGUUCAAGAGUUUAUCUAGAGUGUAAAAACGUUAUACUUUGCCUUAUUUCUUUUUUCUUUCUUUCCUUCUACGUGGAUAUGAAAAUAGGUUGGAUAGAAUUAUUAAUACGAUUAGAUUGAAUGAGAAAAUUAGUAAUGUGCUUAGUACUAGGUUUGACAUAUAAAAUAAGUUGGAUUUGUUUGUAUAGUAAUAUGAUGGUACUAGUUAAGAUUAUAUCUGUUAAUUUACUUAAAAUCCUCAAUAUAUGAAAGGUAGU